UGACAGAUGACAGUUGGCAAAGUGACAAAAAAUUAGAAGCUUUCAUUUAAAAAAACAAUGUAAAAGAUUGAUACUAAAUUCAUCUUCAAAAUAAUCAAAAUAUGUUGGAGUAGACGCUAUCUGGUUAAUACAAAAAAAGAGAGAUCUUGGCAGUGAACAAAAUGUCUGCUACAUUUGCGCCACAGCGUGGCCCUAAGCCUCCUCCUGAUAGUAAAAGCCUUCAAAAGCUCCUGGACGAAAACGGACAUUUGAUCCAAGUUAUACAAGAACACCAAUCAAAGGGCAAAUCGCAGGAAGCUAUACAAAUGCAGUCGCAAUUACACAGAAAUCUGGUGUACUUGGCAACGAUAGCAGAUUCUGCUCAAAAUGUUACAGCUUUACUACCAAUGAUUCAGUCAACAGGACCUGCACCUCCCCAGCAACCCAACCACAACCCACCACCAAAUGAUCAACAACAUAAUAUGAACAAUUUUAAUCAUCAACAGCAACCAGCUGCCCUUAAUUACAGGCAACAACCAGGCCCACCUCAACGUCCAGGUGGUCCUCCAGCUCCACACCCUUACCAACAAAGAGGCUAUCCUCAAGGACAAUACCAAAAUCAGUAUCCACCACAGGGUCCCAAUUAUCCUCCACAACCACCAUAUGGAGCUCCUCCAAAUCAACCACCAGGAUAUCCUCCAAAUGCUCCACAAGGCAAUUACGGUCAACCACCAACAACUGCUGCUCCACAUACCAAUUAUCCACAACAACCAGGUUAUGGUACUCCUCCUCCCGCUACAGGAGGUGCUUCUCAGCCCAGUCCAGCUCCGGCUCCAUAUCAACCUCCAGCAACCCCAGCUCAAAACCAACCAGCUCAAUAUGGAGCUCCUCCAAAUGGUGGGCAUUAUCCUGCUGGUAAUCCUCCACAAAAUUAUCCACCACAAGGUUAUCCGAAUCCACAGGGUUACGCUCCUCCUUCUACAAACCAGCCUAAUCCUCCUCAGCCUCAAAAUUAUUCUGCUAGUAAUACUCAGGCGCCACCUUUUUCGUCGCCCCCAACGAACAACCAGAGCCCCGCUGUGACAUCUGCUCCACCAGCCACUUCACAGCCUUAUCAACAACCUCCAUUCCCUCCCAAUUCGCAGCCAAGUAAUCCGGGCUAUACUUCUCCUCCGAACCAAGGUUAUCCGCCAGGCCCUGGUGGCCCUCCAAGCAACUAUGGUUAUCCCCCUCAGCCCGGAGGUUAUCCACCUCAGCCGCAGUAUGCUCAACAACCACAGAACAAUUACUACAGGCCACCGGCAGCACAAGGACCGCCUGGAGCCCCUCCUCAAGGUGGAUAUCCGUAUAACUAUCCCCCUCAGCCAAAUCCUCAAUAAGAUGUGAAGUAGUAGAGUUUUAUUUAAUUGAUGUGCCGUUUUUUACUGAUUUUAUAUGUAUUGAGAAGUGAAAAGGUGUUACUAGAAUAAGAAUUAAAGAUAUUAUAUUAUCUAUUCAUUGUGAGAAAAUCUAGUAGACGGUGUUAGGGUUAAUAGUUUUGAUUUGUAUAUAGAGAAUAUACUUUUUUUACUUA